CUAAAGGGAACCAAAGAGUAGCACAAGAUGGCGGACAACAUAAAGCCACCGUCAGGCAAGUGAACCAAGAAGCUGCACCAAAAAGGCCACUACUACAUGACGAGAAGGUAUACGAAAUCGGCGUUCAUAUUGCGGAUGUUACAUAUUAUUUAAGGCUUCAAGGAAUCCAGCUUAGCCAGCAUCUACUUCUUAGGCCCGUUCCUUAUAUUAAGGGAAAUCGGGCACCGGGAUGCUCCACAAGAUGGAUUACAACUCCGAGAUCUAAAUUACGUGGCCGCAGACUCACUUUGUGACGCAGCCGCUGCAAAACGAACUACAACUGUGUAUUUGCCGCAUAAGGUGUACCCGAUGUUGCCACCACGACUUAGUGAAGACCUUUGCUC